AUGGCCGCAGAAAACAAAUUCAAUGUCGGCGUUGCCGUCAUUGGCAGAGGGCCUGCUGGCAUGGCCGUUGCGCUCGGCUGUGUCAAGGCCGGCAUCGACGUUCGAGUGUUUGAACGAUACCCAUACGCACGGCCGGCAGGCAAUAUCCUCAACCUGUGGCCAACGGCACUGCACGCCCUGAAGUGCAUGGGUGUAAAGACCGAGGACCUUGGUGCUCGUUCCUCGCCAACCACUUUCCGAAACACAAAGGGGCACGUACGCGCUACCGUGCGGCUGGCGGAUGAUAUUGUUGAAAAGUACGACGGCGGCUUCAUCGGCCUCCUGCGGCCGGAUCUGUACAACAGGAUGUUGUCAACAAUCCCAGAGGGCGUCAUGAUGUUCAACCAAACAGUCAAGUCCUUGGAAGACACGGGAGAUGGCGUCCGCAUCACUCUCGGGGAUGGCAGUGUCAUCAAAGCAGCCGUCGUCAUCGGCGCGGACGGAAUCGACUCAUUUGUCCGUGCUCACCUCUGGGGCCCAAGUCCGCGACGAAACCACGACCUCCAUGUCAUCGGCGGCUUCACUUUCGACAUCGCCGACGGUGUCAUCCCUGGCGAAUGCGUCCUCACCCACGACGCACAGGUCCAGGGAACAUAUGGCCCCUUGAUGAGCCAGGGCCGCAAGGGACUGCAGUGGUGGUUCGUCGAGGCAUGGCCUGAUAGCAAACCUGUCGAGAGCAGCUUGAAAGACCGCGCCCAGAUGCUUUCCAAGAGGUUCUCUGGCCCGCUCAGUGAGCUUGUCCGCAGCACGGCAGCUGACGAUGUUGUCAUGUGGCCAAUUCGUGACCGAGUGCCUCUCAAGAAGUGGUCCAAGGGACGCAUCAGUCUGGCCGGGGAUGCAGCUCAUGCGACCUCACCGUAUGCUGCGUACGGUGCGGGCAUGUCCAUCUCAGACGGCUAUUUCAUUGCGCAGAGCCUCUACAACGUCAACCUUGCCGACACAAAUGCCGUGCGUGCGGCGCUUGAGCGAUAUGAAGGAUACCAGCUGGAACAUACAACGCAAAUGGUGCAGUCCGCAUAUUACGUGGGCCAGCUCUUCCAUCACGUCCCGUUUCCACUCAACUACAUACGGAACUUUAUCCUAGACUGGACCAACAUGCUGCAGCGGCAAGUGGGCGACAAGAACCCUGGAGAGAUUACUGAGCAGCUACAGCGGAUGGGCGAUAAUAUUAUCAAGUAG